UGCAGUAUCCGUUCACGAAAAUGACAUUGACAAAUCGUUUAUUUUUGGUUACAAAAAAAUCCCCUAAAGUUUCCUCACAGUAGCCUACUCCAAGUGGUUUUAAAAUAUUAGUCUGCUGGAUCCUACUGAGUCAAUAUUUUGUCAAGAGGUAAAAUUGUCCUCGUGUCCCAUUACUCUCAUCCCUCAAAAAGGCUAACACAACCAACGCGUUCGGUUAGCAAAAUAACUUCGCGAGUCGCCACACUUUUCGCGAUAUCGCCGGUAGCCUGGUUCGGUCAUGGCAGAAGGUGGUGGUGAUGGUGGGGAUUCCCCGAUGGAUGGUCAUGAUGAUGUAGAUGAUGGCAUGCGUCGGAUCCAACGCCAGCACAGCUACCAUGAAGUCAGUGAGCAAGCCACCGUCCUACUCCGUCAUUUCAUCAUCGAUCGAUUUGAGAGGGAUUCCGUUCAGGGAGCUCCAAGACUGGCCGAUCUAGGCUCCAUCUCACCGGAACAGGAGGAGGUCUGGAGGCGAGUGGGAGGCACACUGAGAGAAAUCGGCGACAUCUUGGAUCAAGAUAGGGAACUCCAGAGAUUAAUUAACACAGUACCAACAGAUUCCCCCAUUGAGAAGAUCAUCGCUGUAGCUCAGGUGAUAUUUGGUGAUGGUGAGAUUCACUGGGGACGAAUCAUCGGUCUGUUCUACUUUGCCUACCGGAUGUGCGUCAGGGCCAUGGAGAACCUUCUACUACAGAACUUCCCAAGCUGGGUUAAUCAACUUAUCAAGGAGAUAGUCCGGUUCCUGGUCAGGCGGUUCGCUGACUGGAUCAUCAACAGAGGAGGCUGGACGGCGAUAAAGGAGUACUUUGGCUCAUCAACUCGGGUUGUUGGAACCCUCUUUCUUCUGUCAAUUCUCACGUUAGGCUUCGGAGUCUAUAAACUCAAUAAAGGCUCAUAGGUUGGAACAGUGAUUAUCUUUUUAUACUGUCGUCUCCGAUGUUGAAACACAGCAAUGCCGGGGUUUGAUAUGGGUAUUUGAAUGCUGCAUCGCCAUUCCUACGACAAACCUUCCUACGGUGGUCAAAUGCGUCAUAGCAACUUUCACAUCAAAAAAAUAACACUUUAAAAGGUAAUUAACACCAUUUUUAAAAUGAAACUACCAACAUAUGGAAUAAUCUACUUGAUUGUAAGUAAAUAAUAAGAACAAGAAUCCUGUGAAAUUUCGCCUAGUGUGCUGCCAUUUUCAAGAAAUUACAUGCAUUUUAUCACGAUGGUUCACUCCAGACUAUCAUGAGAAUGUAUUUUUUUUUCAAUACAAGUUGGGGUGUCGGAAAAAAAAGGAACCCAAAAUGUAAACGUAAACUAUAAAGCCAAAUAAAAAAAAGCAUGUUUAUCAUUCCUGCCUGCCUUCUUUUUGGAGGCCACCUGAAUUGCCAAAUAUUGGCCCAUGUUGUUCUUGGCCCUGACGUUAGGUAAGAUUUCAUCUCAGACAGGCACGAGCAGGCAGAGAGGAUGACUUCGCAUAUGCUGGACUGGUGUUUUCUACUGUCCUCAAACAUCUCAGGGUUAUUUUCAGGGUUGGUGUUUGGGUCUGCACAGGUUAGGUGUUCUGUUAAUAGCAGUUCGAAUCUGUGGCGAGGCAUGGUACCUACAUUCAGCCAGUUGUAAUAACCAGGAUCGGCUGACCAGUAAUUCUGGUAGUAGGAAUCUUGGUCAGUCCCAUCACCAUGAGGAUCCAGAACCAAGCUCUAACCUCUUCCACCGUUGUCAUCACGCGUCUGCCAACCUUGGGCAUGUUGAUGUUUGUCCAAGCUGUGAUCUGCAGGAACAGACUGAGCGGAAAAAAACUUCAGGAAGUACUUCAAGGGAUAUUUGUUCCUUUUGAAAAUUAUCUUUGUUGGGGUCCAGCAAACUCAGUAACCUUGAUCUUGGUCAGAGAUCUCGUCCAGCCCAGUUUGUCUGGUGGGUAGUCCUCAUGGUUGGUCUGAGGUGGAUCCGGAUCAUUAUCUGAGUCUGGCUGUGGGUCUGGUUUCUUCUUUUUCCUUCUCCCGUCCUUUGCUGGUUCAGGUGAUGAUCCAUCUCAUCACCACCCUCGUGCUCAUCCUCAGUACUGUCCUCAGUGCUUGAGCUUUCCGCCUCCAAGUCGUUGGUUUGAAGCUGCUCCUCUGUGGACUCAAUGGUGUCCUCCCCUUUCUCUUUCUCAGAGGUACAUGUACUGGUAUUUCCUUGCUCCUCCAGAAUCUGCUUGACGACAUCUUCCAGGUAUGCCUCCUCCUCACUGUCCGAGAUGUUGACUACAGCCCGUAGUUUUUAGUGGUCAUACGGAUCCCUAAAUGCCCACAGCUCUUUCUUAACCCUAACUGCCCAAACCUUUUUGCUGGCAUCCUUCCCUAACCACACAAACUCCAACACCUUGCAAUCACACUCUUUCCUCACAGUACCCAAUCACACAAACUCCAACAGUACUCUUACUGUAACAAUAUACCAAUAAGUCAAACUCCAACAGGCCCUUACCUGUGUGAUUCUGAUUGAUUGGGUACAGCAGGCCCAAAGCACAGUAUGAAGAGUAGGCACUCCCAGUACGAUACCUAACCCAACAAAAUCAGCAUCAUUUUCAUCAUUCUCCAUAUCCAUCAUGGGGGAUGUACAGCCAACCCAUGCCCAAGUAAUCAGCUGCAGACUGCCACAGUUAUUGCACUCGCUCGUGUGUUGUGUGGUCCCCUUGGGCCUCUGGUCCAGGCAGGGUCAGGGCAGGGUCAUGGACUCCCCUUAGUUGGAGUGGGGAAUCAAUCAAUGUGCCACAACAGAAAUACUGGGGUUUUUUUUUGGGGGGGGGCUCAUGUGUUUGUUAACAUUCCUAACACUUGUUACUUUCAACCACAGCUGCUAGUUGAAAGAAUAACUAUAUAAUCAUUGCUCCUUUUUUUUUCCCUUUUUUUUUUUGGUUUUUUUUUUGGUUUUUUGGUAGUCAAAAAAAUGGAGAACAAAAAUGAGUUGUGAGUGUAUACAUUUUGAACACACCGGUUCAAAGAAUGACAAAAUUAUCGUUGGCCAUUUUCUUUCCCCUUCUUUUACUUGUACUUUUUGUGGGUUUUUUUUGAGGGGUGGGCUUAGGUAGUAAAAAAAUGAAGAAAAAACACUGAGAGUACAAGAAACUUGGCUGGCUAUUCUGCUUUGAAGUGUUCUAGUCGGUGGUAGUGGUGGUGGAGUCGUUCUCGAUGUCACUGGCUCUAUGGUAUUUCAGGAAACAGCGGCCUGGGCAGAGAUUGACUCCACAAACUGGACAGCCUCUUUGUGAUGACUUGGGUAGACCUGCCUUCGUGAGGAUGUUGUGCUCCCUGCACCACCUGCACCAACGAGCAUUCCGUCCCGGCAUCUUUGCAGAGUAGUGGCCUUGGUUAUUGUAGGCAGGAACGGGACGAGAGCGAGUAACUUGACGAGGGGGGACACCUCCAGCAUAUCCAUCAAUCAAGCCUACUGCCACAUCAGGAACAAACUUGGAGUGGGUCAUCGUGUUGGCAUCCUUUGUUGUCUCCUUUGCAUCACCGUCGCUGAUGCUGCUAUCGCUGUCAUCCGUGGUUGGAUGGUGGUGCUUGUAGGCCAACCAAGCAUUGACCCUGGCUACAUCCAGCAGGAAGUACAGGAUCCCACGCCACCAGUGCUGGGACUUGCGGGCGCAUGUGUGGUAUGACCGUAGUUGGUCGCCUCUGUUGACACCACCCAUGCACCUGGUGUAGGAGACCGCCUGAGGAGGAGCUGGAAUGGUCGUUGACCUCAGCCGCCCUGUAUUCUCUUCUAUACAUUUUCUCUUGAGGGUGUGGAUGGCGGGAUCCCUCCAGCCUUGAUGUGCAGUGGAGAGCAGCAUCAUGAUGCAGCUGUCUUUCCAGACGGUGGCAGUCAGCUGUCCAUUUUGCCUUGUGUAGAAGGUGCCUCUCCUUGCUCGCCUCAUCUGCUUCAUUUUCAGAUUCACAGGGUUGGAUUUCGUUGAUGUGAAGUCACAAGGCAGCCCCUUCUAUUACACUUGACUGCCCCUGUAAGGUAGGUCUGGCUGGCGUGCAAUGACCGUGCUAGGCCCACUGAUGUGUACAGUUUAUCCCUGAAGAUAUGAUGGUACACAUUCAGGUGGUGCUUUGCAACACUCGUGGCAAUGUCGUUCAUCUUCGAUGAUUUCUGGCUGUAAGGAUAGACCAUGAAGUUGAGGAAGAAGCCAGUGGCAUACUCUGCAAUGGCGUAGAUCUUAAAGCCAGCACGAAUCUGCUUUAACGGCAUAAAGAACUUCUUCACGCUUGCAUUAAAGCCACGAUAUUUAAUCAUUGCUUCGUCGAUGGUUAGCUCAUGGCCAGGAUUGUAGCACCUCAGGCAGCACUUGCGAACUUUACCCCACACAGGUUGGAGGGGGUACAAUGGAUGUUUUCGUUUGGUCAUGUACCGAUGGGCCUCAUCGCGGAUCAGGUUGGGGUCCUUGGCUGGAUCACUGCAGGCUAGGUGCUGAUUCAGCACAUCUAAACGGUGUCUCUUCAUGGUGUUGGAGAUGAGGGUGUUUCUCAGCCCAGGAUUGAAGACCAAUAGUCCUUGUAGUUCCUUAUCUGUACCAGUCUCAUCAGCAGGUGUAUGCCAAACCACGCCUUGAUCUCGUGCAGUGAAGUCCUGGGCAGAUGGCUUGAGGACAAUUUCUUGUUAGUCCACUUCACUAUGUUGGUGAAGGGGAUCAAAGGGAAGAACUUAAGGAAGUACUUCAAUGGUGAGGACUUCUUCCUAAAGGUGGGCCCUUGCGGUUUCUUCCCCUUGAAUCCUGGGAUGGUGUAGUCGUCCAGGUAGCGGGUCCAUCCCAGGUCAUCCGGAGGGUAGUCAUCCUGGUAUGGAGAAGGGGGGUCGAGAUCAUUGUCCGAAUCCGGCUGGACCUCUGUCCCUCUCUUCUUUGAAGGGGGCUUUCGUCUGGAUGGUCCAGCAACCUCUUGCUCCUCUCCUGUCUCCUCGCUGUCUGUCUCCUCUCCUCCCGCCUCCUCUCUCUCUGUCUCAU